AUGUUUAUCAAAGUUUUUGUUUUCGUAGGUAUCGAUCAUCUUGCAAAACAAGAAAUUGUUGUGGUAGAGAAAGAUGAAGCGGGGCCAAGUAGCAGUAGUAGAACAAGUGGAUUACCAACCAAGCCUAAAGGUCUUUUUCCCACAACGAAGAAGAUCAAAUCAUUUGCAGAAUACAAAAAAGGCAAAGGAAAGCUAUGGAAAAAAUCUGUGUCGUCAAAAAAUUCUGAUGAAGACAAACUUCAAGUCGCCAAGUCGAAAGAACGUAAUGUGUGCAUCAACAUUGGUCUGCUAGAAUGGAAUAUUAAGGAGAGUAUUCUCAAACCAAAAAGGGGUAAGAAAUUAGUGCUUCGUGUAUCCAACAAGGCUAACUACAAAACAGUUUGUAGUCAAGCCGUUGAGAAAUGGAAAGCAUUUUACUCUGAGUCACUUGUACUCCGAAAGCGAUGACUAUGUUCUGCUGUAUGAGAAUGGGGAAGAGGCCCUCUUUCUGCCUGGAUCCACAAAAGAGUUCUUUAGCUUAGAAAGAUAUCAAGAAGAAUUGGGAAAAGAUUAUAACAGAAUUACGUUAUUUCUGUGCACAUCUUUCGACUACAAUAUUUCUCAGGGCAUUGACAGUGACAGUGACAAUGAAGAUGCUUUGCUUAACUGUGAUAUUCCUGAUGACCAUGGUACAAGCAUUGAACCUCAUGUACAUCCAACUCCAAAACGCUUAAAAGUUGAUGUAGCUAAAAACAACAAACAAGAAGAUUUUCAAAUCCAAAACGAUGAGAAAUUCGCCAUUGAGCUUCAGCAACAAUUUGAGGAAGAAGUGGAAAGUGAGAUCAACAUGAUUGACGAGGAAGAUAGCAUUCCAGUGGUAGAAGAUAGCAUACGAGUGGUAGAAGAUAAAUCUGAAGAAACCAAAGAAGAAUUCAUUGAUCAAGCAUCAGUCAUAGAACACCUGGAAAAGAAGACUGACAAUUCUAGUCAAUUCUUCAUUGUCAUUAGAAGGAAAGUACCUUUUCAAAGGGUACUUUCCCUGUGGCAACGUGCCACAAAGAAAUCUUCACCUACACAGAGACUAACUGUUAAAUAUGUUGGCGAAGAUGUGAUAGACACUGGGGCACUUGCAAGAGAAUUUCUUACAGACUGUAUGGAUAAUAUGCGCUCUGCUAUGUUUCCUGAUGGGUGCCCCGUUGACUCCACAUACCACAUUUAGAAUGGCAAUUUCCGUACGUGUGGACAGAUAGCUGCUGUGAGUCUGGCACAAGGAGGUCCGAGUCCAUCCCUUUUUGAAGAAUGUGUUUAUGACACCCUUGUCAAUCCAGAUAUUGAUAUGAUGAAACUAAACAUAGAUCAACAUCUUACCAAGAGGGAAAAGGAAUUAGUCAAUAAAUUUAGAAAUGACAUCAAAGGUAAUCAAGACAAAAUAUUAGACUAUGGGUACACAGGUGUAAUCGAUGAUGGCCAUGUGGAUGAAAUAGUUCGAUCUAUUGUUGUCAGUCUGGCUAACAAGAGAGUAUUGUACCUUAAAGGCCUUGCACUAUAUGGUGUCGACGAGCUACUAAAGAAAGCCCCUGGUUUAUGCAAGUAUUACUUUGUUCAAGGGUUCAUUCAAGACAAUAUUGAUGCAAAUUAUCUUUUCUCCUGCAUGCAGCGAGAGUACUCUGAACCAGGUUCAAGUCGAAGAACACUGGAGCAAAAAGUUGUGGAUAACUUUCAGGACUUUUUGAACAGCAUUGAAGAUACGAAGGUCACUGGAUACUCAGCGCCAGUUGCUUGGAACUACAAAGAUGAAGACGAGGAGAAGAUACAAGAGGAAAAGUUCGAAACGGCCGAGGUGAAUGUAUCUGGAAUGAUGAUGUGGCUAACUGGUCAGAAGCAUAUACCAUUAAAUGGUAAGAAAUUGUCGAUUACCAUUUAUUUUGAUCAUGACUGUAAAUCUAGGGAUCCAAAGCAUACCAUUUGUUUUCCUUUAAUUGGGGCUUGUGGAAUGCAGAUUACUUUUCCAAUGGAACAUAUGGUAGAUUCAGAUGAAUUUCAUAGCCAUUUAUUAGUUGCAUACUCCAAAAGUCAGAACUUUGGUAAGCCAUAA